AUGGCCAUAGAUGAUACUUUUGGAUUUUGGAUUCUCCUUGUUUUUCUGAUUCCUUCAAUAAUCUGUGGCAUUUUUGAUCUCUAUCAUUUUAUUUUUGGUCGAACACUUCGCCAGGCUCUGUACAAUCAUUUAAUCAUUGUUAUACUUUUCUUUUGUUUAAUCUUUGAAUGCACGGCCAUAUUUUGGCUUGUUUAUAAUUAUGGUACUGGUCAUCCGUUAUCAUCGACCGAAACAUUUUGUUUUAUUUGGCAUUUUAUUGAUCAUACUGGUUUUCUUUUAGUAACAAUACUUGUUGCUUGGGCAUCAAUUGAACGACACAUUCUCAUUUUUCAUGAUAAAUGGUUAUUAACAAGAAGAAAACUUUUUUUUAUCCAUUAUUUUCCAAUAAUUAUUCUAAUUGUUUAUUCAAUUUUAUUUUAUAUAAUUGCUUUCUUUGUUUUGCCAUGGAAAUAUACAUUUAAUUAUUUAGAAAUUCAAUGUGGAUAUAAUGAAGCUCUUUUUAGUCCACAAAUUAUUGCCGUAUGGGAUAGCGUAGUGAAUACUAUUUUACCUGCUUUAAUUAUUGUUAUAUUUAAUAUAGCUCUUGUUUUUCGUGUUUUAUAUCAAAAACAUCGAUUAAAUCAAAAAAUUAAAUGGAAAAAUUAUCGAAAAAUGGCUAUUCAAAUGUUAUCCAUAUCUUCAAUCUAUUUUUGUCUGUAUUUUAUACCUAUGAUUCUCUACACUGCUUAUGCAUUAGGUUUAUCACGUCGUUUUGCUCAUGAUUAUUAUGACGCUAGCUUAUAUCUCUUUUAUUUUAUCAUCAUUUUAAUGCCUUUUAUAUGCACUGUCUCAUUGCCAGAACUUCGAGCAAAAUUCCGUAUAAAUAUUCAAAGAAACCAGCAACAAAUUCAAUAUAUUGAUGUUCCACAACUUUUGAACAUUAUCCGACGAACUUUUCAUCGAUCAAUAGCAGUGAGGCCAAUCAAUCAAUAA